AUGGCGCGGAGGAGAGCGAGCGAGUUUUACUGGGUGCCGCCGUUCAAAAGUGACUGUGAGGAGCUGCUGGGCCGCUUCCAGCAAAGCGAGUCCGUGCGGUUUGAGGUGUUUUCGGCUAUCUGGAGGGAGCUGGACUUCGCUAGCGUGUUUUCAGCUCUCGGUUCCGCCCACACUCGUCAGCGCUACCAAGCCAACCAAUCACAGCCUGCGCUACACGUCAUUGCAAUAUGUAGUUACAUUUUUGAGAGGUCACUAUCGGAAAUGCGUGUGAUGUUGACCUCGCCAUUGACCUUAAGCACUAGUGCAGGAGCCAAACUAACACCACACUCUCCUUCUUUCUUUUGUAGGGUGAGCUCGGAGCGCAGGAAGGAGAAGUCCAGGGAUGCAGCGCGAUCUCGCAGGGGAAAGGAGUCAGAGGUGUUCUACGAGUUAGCACACCAGCUCCCCCUGCCACACAAUGUCACGUCUCACCUGGACAAAGCCUCCAUUAUGAGGCUCACCAUCAGCUACCUGCGCAUGAGGAAGCUGCUCAAUUCCGAUGAAGCAGAGGAGGAGAAGGAGAAUGAGCUGGAGAGUCAGCUGAACGGCCUUUUAUCUGAGCCCCUGGAGGGUUUCCUCAUGGUCCUGUCUGAGGAUGGAGACAUGGUUUAUCUCUCUGAGAAUGUCAGCAAGAGCAUGGGCCUCACACAGUUUGAUCUGACUGGUCACAGCAUCUUUGAAUUUUCACACCCGUGUGACCAUGAAGAGUUGAGAGAGAUGCUCGUCCACAGAACAGGAUCCAAAAGACCAAGGAACAAAAACACAGAGCGCAGCUUCUUCCUGCGGAUGAAGUGCACGCUCACUAGCAGAGGACGCACCGUCAAUAUCAAGUCUGCGACGUGGAAGGUUCUUCACUGCGCUGGUCAUGUUCGUGUGCACGAGGGCAGCGAGGCUUCAGAAGACUCUGGCUUUAAAGAGCCCCCUGUCACCUACCUUGUGCUUAUCUGUGAGCCCAUUCCUCAUCCCUCGAACAUCGAGGUGCCUUUGGACAGCAAGACCUUCCUCAGCCGCCACACUCUGGACAUGAAGUUCUCGUACUGUGAUGAAAGGAUUACUGAGCUGAUGGGAUAUGAGCCAGAUGACCUGUUGAACAGAUCAGUGUACGAAUACUAUCACGCCCUGGAUUCAGAUCACCUCACCAAGACACAUCACAACCUGUUCGCAAAGGGUCAGGCUACCACAGGCCAGUACCGUAUGCUGGCUAAGAAAGGUGGUUUUGUUUGGGUUGAGACCCAGGCCACUGUUAUCUACAACCCCAAGAAUUCUCAGCCGCAAUGCAUUGUGUGCGUCAACUAUGUUCUCAGUGGGAUUGUGGAGGGGGAUGUUGUCCUGUCCUUGCAGCAGACCGUGGCUGAGCCCAAGGCAGUGGAGAAAGAGAGUGAGGAGACUGAGGAAAAGACCUCUGAAUUGGAUAUUCUCAAACUCUUCAAGCCAGAAAGCCUCAAUUCCUCAUUGGAAAGCUCUACACUUUAUAAUAAGCUGAAAGAGGAGCCAGAGGCCCUCACUGUGUUGGCACCUGCAGCAGGAGACGCCAUCAUCUCUCUGGACUUCAACAACUCAGAUUCCGACAUGCAGCUGCUGAAUGAGGUGCCCCUCUACAAUGAUGUCAUGCUGCCUUCCAGCAGUGAGAAGCUGCCCCUCAGCCUGUCUCCUCUCACACCCAGCGACUCCAUCCCAUCUCUGACCAAACUAGAGACUGGAGGAGAGGACUUCCCUUUCAGCUCUGCCUCUGAUCGUGUGCCAGACUCCACAAACACACCCUCCACAUCUGGUCUCGGCUCCUCAGGGCCCAACAGCCCCAUGGAUUACUGUUUCCCAGGGGAAUCAGACAUCAGUUCUGAAUUCAAACACGACCUGGUUGAGAAACUGUUUGCUAUUGAUACCGAAGCAAAGACACCUUUUUCCUCCCAGGCCAUGGAGGAUCUCGACCUAGAGAUGCUGGCUCCUUACAUCCCAAUGGAUGACGACUUCCAGCUGCGCAUCCCAUCUCCACUAGAUCCGCUUCCGUCUGCCACCCACUCUGUGUCAGCCAUGAGCUCUUUGUUCCAGCCCUUACCCUCCUCGCCAGCAUCUCCAGCCUCAUCCACCAGCAGCACAAUGAAGCAGGAGCCAUCAUCCCGGGCCCCUUCACCCCUACACCUGCUGCAGGAGGUGUGCAGUGCGCCUGUCUCGCCCUUCAGUGGCAGUCGGGAUGCCUCGCCUGUUCGAUCCAGCACCCCACAGAGCAGCAGUCAGCUCAACAACAGAGAAAUGUCUCCAAAGAUGUUAGCCUUCCAAAAUAUCCAGCGUAAGAGGAAGCUGAACGAAGUGACGUCACUUUCUGAGGCUGUUGGACUGGGUGCUUUGCUUCAGAGCGUGGACAGUGCUAUAGACCCUGGAAAGAGAGCAAAGGUUUUAGAGGUGAAAGGGCCCAGUGUGCUCGGGGGAAACAAGACAAUUCUCAUACUGCCCUCUGAUGUGGCCAGUCGUCUGUUGAGCAGUUCUCUAGAGGGCAGCGGCGGCCUCCCUCAGCUCACACGCUACGACUGCGAAGUCAACGCUCCCGUGCAGGACCGCCAUCAUCUGCUCCAGGGAGAGGAGCUGCUGCGUGCUCUGGACCAAGUCAACUGAGCUCUGCUGCUUUUAGCAACUGCGGACACCCCCACCCCGAACCCCUGAAAUCUGCCUCCACUUGUCUCCUUUUAUCCCAAGCCCUAAUAUUCUCUAAAAAAAACCCAGUAUUUUAAAAACGAAAUGUACUAGACCUGCACCUUCCAUUGAUUUGAAGAGGAGCCCAGAGGGAGUCAGUCCAUCCCAUCCCCAGUGUGCGCAGGGCCUGGAGACACAGGAACGUACCGUUACUCAACAGUGGCAUCAAGAGUUAAGAGCCUUAAUGUGAAAUGCACAACUCGCCCUGACACACAGAUGCAGAUGCGUACAAUCCACCCCCACCACCCAAAAACUCCCUCUGGAUCUCCUACUUUGGCCUAAAAAGUCUCCCGCUGUGUUUUAUCGCCCCACUCCCAAAGCGUGUGUAUUGUAGCUACAGUCGCACAAUAAUCUAUUUUCUUAAGAGAGAAUACCAGCAGUCCAUGCAAUAUAUACGAAACCAUUUUUACGGAUGUGUACUUUUAAUGAAAUCUCGAACUGUUUAUUUUCUCCUCUUUCAUUGUGUAGCGGUUAUGUACGAGUUCUGUGUUUGCACUCAGAGGCUCUAUGGUUAAAAAUGCUGUUGGAUGUUUGUGAGUGUUGCUUUUCAUCACAUCGAUAUUUUCACUUUCAGCUUCCUCUUGAACGGCACAGACGAAUUGUAAAAGAGCCAUUGAAAGUGAUGGAGAAUGUGCAAAAAAAGUGAAUUCAGAAUCAUUUUACGGUGUUCUCAUUGAUGGCUUUUUGUCUCAAAGAGGUUAAAACAGAUUUCUAGUUUAAUUAUGCAAUAGAUUUUUAUAUUUUUAGUGGUCUGUUUUGUUUAGUUCUAUGUGGUAGACGCUUAAGGUAAUUGACGCUUGUAAUAAGUCAUAGCUGGUAACCAUUUCUCUGCAGUUUUAGAUCAUGCAAAGCUGAGGCAUCAUUUAUCCCAGUUUUUCCAAAUAUUUAUAAUGGCAUUAGGACAUAAAUGCUUAGUUUGAGACAGACAACUUUUUGUUUCUUCAUGCUUCCAGAUGAAUGUCGGCCUGUUGACAAUGUCCUGCGCGUAUUUUAUGACCUUUUAUCUUGUUUUACGAUAGAGAAAAGAAAUACAUUUUUGUUUGUUAUUAUUGUAAUCUUCUGUUCAUUUAUCUCUACAAGUCUCCAGUCUUCUCUUUAAUUCUCUUAACACUAAAUGUAUUGUUUAUUGCAUAAUCAGUAAAAGGCAAUUGUGGACCAGAAA